ACAUCCCAACCGUUCGGCUCGCUUAGAAGAAGCACAACCUCGGCCGAUUCCAACCGUCAGAUCCCCUAACAGACAGGAACACGUGGAAACCCAUCGUAGCCGUUCAGCAGAGGCACGAGAUGCGUAUCCGCCGUCAAAACGAGAGUUGCAAUAUCGGCGACGCGGAGAAGCUAUAAAUACGGGUUUCCCUAUCCAUAUCGGAGCCUUUCCCUGCAUUCAGAGACGAUUCCCGAGUUUUGAAGGCUUCUCUCCCCCUCUUUCGAGAUGGCUCGUACUAAGCAGACUGCUCGUAAAUCCACAGGAGGGAAGGCUCCUAGGAAGCAGCUUGCAACCAAGGCUGCCCGUAAGUCUGCCCCAACAACUGGUGGUGUGAAGAAACCUCAUCGAUAUCGCCCAGGAACUGUUGCACUUCGUGAAAUCCGUAAAUAUCAGAAGAGCACUGAACUGCUGAUCAGGAAGCUGCCAUUCCAGAGGCUUGUUCGUGAAAUUGCACAGGACUUCAAGACAGAUCUGCGUUUCCAGAGCCAUGCUGUUCUUGCAUUGCAAGAGGCUGCAGAGGCAUAUCUGGUGGGGCUGUUUGAAGACACAAAUCUGUGUGCAAUCCAUGCCAAGCGGGUGACAAUCAUGCCCAAGGACAUUCAGCUGGCCAGGAGGAUCCGUGGUGAGAGGGCCUAAUCAUCUCUUAUGAUUAGGGACCGUUGUUCACCACACAUGUAUUCAUCUGUCUGGAAAACUCUAUGUUGUCGUUCUUCUCUUUUUGUUUCUUAUUAGAACAGUGGACUGACAGUAGCUGCAGUAGCAGUAGUUCAGUAGUAGUGGUUGUGGAGCCAUGCAGACUCUGUAAUUUGACAAGAAGACCAUUUCUACAAGUUUCAUUUGCUUUUUGGUUUUAAA